UUACUAUGGGAUGGUAGGGGCCUGAGCGUCGGAGAAGCAGGGAAGCAGAGCCCAAGGAAAAGGGCUUGGAUUUAGAAGAAGCAAGCCCUACUGGGGAUAUUUUUUUGGGGGGGGAUCUUGGUGGUGCGGAGGGAGGAAGAGGAGCUUGUGUAGCCCGGCCGAACUUGAGGCAGCGCGAAGGCCCCCUCAGGCGGCGCCGAGGGCAGCCCCGCCGCCGGGGCCUGGUGCAGCCGCCGCGGCCGCUGUCAGGGAAGCGCAGGCGGCCAAUGGAACCCAGGAGCGGCCGCUGCUGCUGAGGCGGCGGUGUCGGCAGCCCGACCCCGACCGCCCGCACCCCCUCCGCGGGGGUCCCCCGGAGGAGCAGCUUUACUCCUUGGAAGCACUUCCGGAGAGAAAUCAUAUUUCCUUGGUUUUCCCGCUUCUCAGAGCUGGGUGCACACUGCAUGAGAACAUAUUUGCUGAACGCCAUCCAAAGCAGCAAAUUGAGAUUCUUUGAUUUGGGGAAGAACUUUGGGAGGAACCUUUCAGUAAUUGGCAUGAGAUAAGAGAGAACCUAGUCCAAGCCCAUGUGGGGCUGGCAGCAGGGAGGAUCAGUUCAGAGAGAGCCCCUCCAGUUCUUGGAGUGUGUAUAUGAUAAUGGGGAAAGUAGUGUUGGGAUAGCAGAGGGCUGUCAUAAAUGUUUUGGAAGAUUUUCAAACAACGAGCUUGGAAGCUCGAAGUCUGGCUGUGGCCAUGGGAGACACGGUAGUGGAACCUGCCACCCUGAAGCCAACUUCUGAGCCCACUCCUGGUCCAUCAGGGAAUAACGGGGGCUCCUUGCUAAGCGUCAUCACGGAGGGGGUCGGGGAACUAUCAGUGAUUGACCCCGAAGUGGCCCAAAAGGCCUGCCAGGAGGUGCUAGAGAAGGUCAAGCUUUUGCAUGGAGGCGUGGCCGUUUCUAGCAGAGGCUCUCCACUGGAGGUGGUCAAUGGGGAUGGUGUGGACAGUGAGAUCCGCUGCCUGGACGAUCCUCCUGCCCAGAUAAGAGAGGAGGAAGAUGAGAUGGGGGUCACUGUGGCCUCGGGCACAGCCAAGGGAGCAAGAAGGCGGCGGCAGAACAACUCAGCCAAACAGUCUUGGCUGCUGAGACUGUUUGAGUCAAAACUAUUUGACAUCUCCAUGGCCAUUUCAUACCUGUAUAACUCCAAGGAGCCGGGAGUGCAAGCCUACAUCGGCAAUCGGCUCUUCUGCUUUCGCAAUGAGGACGUGGACUUCUAUCUGCCCCAGUUGCUUAACAUGUACAUCCACAUGGAUGAGGACGUAGGUGACGCCAUCAAGCCCUACAUAGUCCACCGAUGCCGCCAGAGCAUUAACUUUUCCCUACAGUGUGCCCUGUUGCUCGGGGCCUACUCUUCAGACAUGCACAUUUCCACUCAACGACACUCCCGUGGGACCAAGCUACGGAAGCUGAUCCUCUCAGAUGAGCUGAAGCCAGCUCACCGAAAGAGGGAGCUGCCCUCCUUGAGCCCAGCCCCUGACACAGGGCUGUCUCCCUCUAAAAGGACUCACCAGCGCUCUAAGUCAGAUGCCACCGCCAGUAUAAGUCUCAGCAGCAACCUGAAACGAACAGCCAGCAACCCCAAAGUGGAGAAUGAGGAUGAGGAGCUCUCCUCCAGCACCGAGAGUAUUGAUAACUCAUUCAGUUCCCCUGUCAGACUAGCUCCUGAGCGAGAAUUCAUCAAGUCCUUGAUGGCGAUCGGCAAGCGGUUGGCCACGCUCCCCACUAAGGAGCAGAAAACACAGCGGCUGAUCUCAGAGCUCUCCCUGCUUAACCAUAAGCUCCCUGCCCGAGUCUGGCUGCCCACUGCUGGCUUUGACCACCACGUGGUCCGCGUGCCCCACACCCAGGCUGUUGUCCUCAACUCCAAGGACAAGGCUCCCUACCUGAUCUAUGUGGAAGUCCUUGAAUGUGAAAACUUCGACACCACCAAUGUCCCUGCCCGGAUCCCUGAGAACCGAAUCCGGAGCACACGGUCCGUAGAGAACCUGCCCGAAUGCGGUAUCACCCAUGAGCAGCGGGCAGGCAGCUUUAGUACUGUGCCCAACUAUGACAACGAUGAUGAGGCCUGGUCCGUGGACGACAUAGGCGAGCUGCAGGUGGAGCUCCCUGAAGUGCACACCAACAGCUGUGACAACAUCUCCCAGUUCUCUGUGGACAGCAUCACCAGCCAGGAGAGCAAGGAGCCUGUGUUCAUUGCAGCAGGGGACAUCCGACGGCGCCUUUCGGAGCAGCUGGCUCACACCCCCACAGCCUUCAAACGAGACCCAGAAGACCCUUCUGCAGUUGCUCUCAAAGAGCCCUGGCAGGAGAAAGUGCGGCGGAUCAGAGAGGGCUCUCCCUAUGGCCAUCUCCCCAAUUGGCGGCUCCUGUCAGUCAUUGUCAAGUGCGGGGAUGAUCUUCGGCAGGAGCUGCUGGCCUUCCAGGUGCUGAAACAGCUGCAGUCCAUUUGGGAACAGGAGCGAGUGCCGCUGUGGAUCAAGCCAUACAAGAUUCUUGUGAUUUCGGCUGACAGUGGCAUGAUUGAACCAGUGGUCAACGCUGUGUCCAUCCACCAGGUGAAGAAACAGUCACAGCUCUCCUUGCUCGAUUACUUCCUUCAGGAGCAUGGCAGUUACACCACUGAGGCAUUCCUCAGUGCCCAGCGCAAUUUCGUGCAAAGUUGCGCUGGCUACUGCUUGGUCUGCUACCUGCUGCAAGUCAAGGACAGACACAAUGGGAACAUCCUUUUGGACGCAGAGGGCCACAUCAUCCACAUUGACUUCGGUUUCAUCCUGUCCAGCUCUCCCCGAAACCUGGGCUUUGAGACGUCAGCCUUUAAGCUGACCACAGAGUUUGUGGACGUCAUGGGCGGCCUGGAUGGUGACAUGUUCAACUACUACAAGAUGCUGAUGCUGCAGGGGCUGAUUGCUGCUCGGAAACACAUGGACAAGGUGGUGCAGAUCGUGGAGAUCAUGCAGCAAGGUUGUCGCCGUUGCUCAGGAGCACCCCUGUCUGGCCCCAUGACGACGGUGGCCCAGGUCAUCUGUUCUCAGCUCCCUUGCUUCCACGGCUCCAGCACCAUCCGAAACCUCAAGGAGAGGUUCCACAUGAGCAUGACCGAGGAGCAACUGCAGCUGCUGGUGGAGCAGAUGGUGGACGGCAGCAUGCGGUCCAUCACCACCAAGCUCUACGAUGGCUUCCAGUACCUCACCAACGGCAUCAUGUGACACCCUCUCAGGCCCCAGCGCGGUGGGGCAUUCAGGGGACCCUCCCUGGGAGAAACCCCAAACCAGGAAACCCCACCCACCCACCCACCCACGGGAAAUGGAAGGCAAGAAAUACAAAGGAUCAUGUGGUGACUGGAGAGCUUGCCAGGGGAGAGCCAGCUGUGGGGUCCAGGCUUGCUGGGGCUUCCCUGCCCCCUGCGGUGUCAGUAUUACCACCUGAGGGACUCCAGGACUCACUGCCCCCCAGAGGAGAGAGGUGACAAAUGUGAGGGCACUGGGCCUUUCUUCUCGCCAGGGUCCAAGAGGUUCUUUCCACAGGCCAUCUUCUUAAUCUGUUCUAGGUCCCAGGAAGGGGAAGAGUGGGUUCUUGGUACUUACAAUUUGAUCCUGUGGUUCGCCUUUGGCCAUGCUGCUGCCUGACUGUUCCUCCCAGGGACUGACUCCUAGCCUGAGGUCCCCUGGGCAGGUGGGCUCUGGCACAGGGUCCUGCCCUUGCUGAGUCCCCACCACAGAGACCAGAAGGGUGAUCACAAGCCCUCCCCUACAGAGGGAACUGGCCUAGCCACAGGGAAUUCCUUGCCCUGAUCCCUUCCCACAUCCAGGGAAAUAGCUCUCAAUUUUUUAAUUUUUGUUUGAAAUAAAGUCCUUAGUUAGCCAUG